GCGACGCAUGCGUCACGUGAUCACGCACGGGUCUUUUCAGCCAAUAGGAGAGCGGGAGUCCCGUCAGGGCGGAAGUCUGGUCCCCGAUUGGUCGUGAAUGCCCCGCCCCCAGAGCCGCCAUUUUUAAACGACAUCAACAACAAUAAUAACCAAAACAAAGCCCGCAGUUUAUGGAGGAGAGCGGAGAGAGGACAGGGGGACACGGGACCAGAGGACCAGAGGAUGGAGAAGUGGACAGAUGAAGAUGUCCAGGCUCUCCUGAACAUCUACGCAGAGGAAAACAUCCAGAAAGAGUUCGAGUCCUCGGCCCGGAACGCAAAAGUGUAUCAGAAGAUAUCUGCUCGUCUGGGGGAGAUGGGGAUCCAGCACAGCCCUCAGCGCUGCCGGGAGAAGAUCAAGAAGAUGAAGCAGGACUACAAGAAGAUUAAGGAUCAUAACCGGAUCAACGGAACGAACCGGCGCAGCGGCAAGUGGUUUGAGAGGCUCGACGCGAUCCUGGGGGAGAGGGGACGGGAUUUGGGCUGCGGGGACAGCGGGGAGAGCGGGGACUGCGGGGACUGCGUGUCCGUCCUGCUGGAGCCGUUCUCUGAGAAACACAGGACCUUCCUGCACCAUGGGGAGGAGGAGGAGGAGAAGGAGGUGUCCUUCACCGAGGAUGAUCAGUUCUCAGAGCUCAGCUUUGAUUCCCCUGUGGCCCCCAGCAGACCCACCCAUCGCCCCCCUGCCCAGCCACACCCCCGAGCUCCUCGUCCAGGAAAGCGGAAGCGUGACGGAGAGGUGCGGGGAGACGUGCUGGAGGUGCUGAGGCAGAUGGAGGAGGAGCAGAUGUUGGAUCUGAGGAGGGAUUACGAGCAGCGAGAGCGUCACUUCCAGCUGCUGCUGCAACACAUCAAAGAGGAAUUCGCCGUUCGUCAGGAGGAAGCAGCUCAGGCCAGGCGGCAGCAGAGGGAGUUCCAGCAGGGCGUCCUGACCCUCCUCACGCAGCUCCUGUACACCUUCAGUAGCAGGAACGCCAAUUCAUCUUCAUCCUCGUCCCCGCCCCCUGAUUAGCCUCUUUCUCCCUCUCUCUCUCUCUUCCUCCCUCUCUCUCUCUCUCUUCCUACCUCUCUCUCUCUUUCUCUCUCUCGCUCUCUAUCUCCUCUCUCUCUCUCUCUCUCUCCUCUCUCUCUCUC